UAAUAAAUCAUUAACUCAUUUCAAUUGUCCCAAAUUCCAAAUCCGGAAAAUGGCUCUCCGAUCUGUCAAAACGCCGUUUGCAACUCCCACCGCCGCCGUCUCCUCCUCAAUUGUCAACAAACCACAGUCUUUCAGAUUCGCCUCUAAACCGAGGGCAUCACUCGCCGUCUACAACAACCACCACCAACCGAUCUCCAUCACUCGAUCGAAUCUUAUACCCAAACUCAAACCAUCAUCUCCCGCCGCGAAAUUCAGGUGCUCGGCGUCGUCGUCGUCGGCGCUCACGCCGCAGCUUAGAGAUACGCUGGAGAAGCUGGUGAACUCGGAGAAAGUCGUGUUAUUCAUGAAAGGCACGAGGGAUUUCCCCAUGUGCGGAUUCUCGAACACGGUGGUGCAGAUCCUCAAGAAUCUCAACGUCCCCUUCGAAGACGUCAACAUUCUCGAGAACGAGAUGCUGAGGCAGGGGCUGAAAGAGUACUCGAACUGGCCCACGUUUCCUCAGCUUUACAUCGACGGCGAGUUCUUCGGUGGCUGUGACAUCACUCUCGAGGCGUUUCAGAGUGGGGAGUUGCAGGAAGUUGUUGAAAGAGCUAUUUGUUCUUGAUGCUUGUCUUUGGGUUUUGUAACAAUGCUAUUUGAUCCUAUUGUGUGAUGGAUUUAGUUAUAGCUAUGUGCUUGAAUCUAUACAUUAUAAAACUCUUCUUGAUGUCU